GUCAGACCAUGCAUGUAACUCACCAGAGGGAUGAUGGUGAACUUUUUGUCAGCUCAGUCUCUUGACCAGAGACUCUGACUAUCAAACGGUGUGUUUCUCUAGACAAGGGGUCAUUCAAGGCCACGUCAGUCUCUUCAACCUGCUGUAUAUUCUGUCAAUGGGCCUGUUGCAUGACAACAGUGCAAACCAUAAUUUGUUUUAAUGGGCCUGAGGAAAUAAAAGUGAAUUAACAAAACCUGUAGAACCCCUGAUAUUCCUUAAGCCUCACUAUGAAUACUCCCACAUGUUCUCAGCAGCUGUCUGAGGAAUUCAGUCUGACCAACAUAUCACCAAAAAGUGAAAGUUAAAGCUGUUACACCACUGAAGGAUUAUAGCACCCUUUUCUCUGCACUUGACUAGUUUUGUUUAUCCAAGUAUUAAAAUGAGAUUCUUGGUCACGCUGCAUGAUCUGAACUGGAAAUUUAUUAAAUAAUUAGUCCACGUUACGGUCGAAUGAAUAAUGAUGUUGCAAACACCAACUGUGAAUGUUAUAAAGUUUUCAUCCAGGAUAAGGAUCUGGCUAUUUAGAAGGAAGAAUAAUAAUAAGAUGAUGAUGAUGAUGAUGAUAAUUAGAAAUAGUUCACUUGUAUAAACACUCAGUUUAAGCAUCUUAAACUGUGUCUCACUGCAGUCUUUGGUUUUGAGCUGCAGUGUUUCAGGGAAACCCCUGCUGCUGCCAGAUAAUGAAACUGAAAGUGAAUGAAAACUAGAACUGGUCUCGCGGCAGAGCAGGUCAUACGAGGACGGCUGCUGCUGGAAAAAUGGCAGAAAAUAAAUUCAUCCUCCACAAAGUCGCUGCUUUGAUUUUAGCAGUUUGCGUCGACCUGUCCUUGUUUUACGCAUCGGGACUGGUAGUGACGCACGGUGUCUUUGGACAUCUUGUCCGUCUCUGGGUUUCUGCGGCUCUCCGGUGUGUGGCACUGACUGCUGUAUGUCUGCUCACCCUCGGACACUUCAGGCCGUUGCUGGUUCGUAUUGUAGCGGCGCACAGUCUGCUCCCCGCGGUGUUUGAGACCGGGACCAAGGCGCUCUACCAUGAGGAGAGCCAGUGUGGCCAGCUGGCGGGUAUGCGCUGCUGGCUGCUGUGCACCGCAGCGUCGCUGGCUGCCGCACUGUUCUGGGAGAUCACCAUCCCGGACACCGACGAAGCGGCCGCCGGUAAAGGGACAAAGCAGAAGGCUAGAGAUCUGUUUAUGAGAGUCCUCCGGCUGUUCAGACCAGACUAUCCCCUGCUGCUGGGAGGGUUUGUGUUCUUGUCGCUGGCAGUUCUCUGUGAGAUGUUCAUCCCGUUCUACACUGGCAGAGUCAUUGACAUCUUGGGUGGUCAGUACCAGCAGAAUGAAUUUAUAUCUGCACUGCUCUUCAUGGGCCUGUACUCUCUGGGAAGCUCUGUGAGUGCAGGCUGCAGAGGGGGUCUUUUACUUUGUGCCAUCAGUUCUUACACAUGCAGAAUGAAAGUCAAACUAUUUGAGGCUUUGACCAAACAGGAAAUUGGAUUCUUUGAGACCAUAAAGACAGGUGAAAUCACAUCCAGGUUGUCUAAGGACACCACCCUGAUGGGAAGAACAGUGUGCCUGAAUGUCAACGUGCUGCUGAGGACAUUCAUCAAGACGGUGGGUAUGAUCUCCCUGAUGAUGAAUCUGUCAUGGAAGCUGACAUUCCUCGUACUGAUGGAGACGCCAAUCACUGGCCUCAUUCAGAACAUCUACGACACACACUACCAGAGGUUGUCCCUGGCGAUGCAGGACUCAAUGGCUUUGGCAAACGAAGCAGCAAGCGAGGUGGUAUCCAGUAUUCGUGUGGUACGGAGCUUUAAUACAGAAAAACAUGAGGCCCGUCGCUAUGACGACCGCUUGAUGGACACACAUGCCCUCAAGACUCGCCGGGACAUUGUCUCGGCUGUUUACCUGCUGGCACGGAGGUUGACAGGGUUGGGCAUGCAGGUCUUCAUGUUGUACUACGGCAGGCUGUUCAUCCGGAGCGGACAGAUGACCACGGGCAAUCUUGUUUCCUUUAUCCUCUACCAGUCAGACCUUGGAGACAACAUAAGGACGCUCACCUACAUCUUCGGCGACAUGCUGAACUCGGUGGGAGCUGCUGGGAAAGUGUUUGAGUAUCUGGACCGGAAACCGCAAGUCAGCACAGAGGGAAAACUCAAACCUGAUCAGCUGAGAGGACGCGUCAACUUCCACCGUCUCAACUUUGCCUAUCCUGCAAACCCCAACAAAACAGUGCUGAAGGAUUUCUCUUUGGAGCUGAAGCCGGGUCAGAUGACGGCGCUGGUGGGUCCGUCUGGAGAAGGAAAAAGCACCUGUGUGAGUCUGCUGGAGCGAUUCUACGAGCCGCAGGAUGGACGAAUCCUACUGGACAAUGAACCACUGAAGUCCUACGAUCACCGUUACCUCCACAAGAAGGUCGCGGUGGUGAGCCAGGAUCCCGUUCUCUUCUCUGGCUCCAUCAGAGACAACAUCGCCUACGGGCUUGUUGACUGCUCCUUGGAUGAGAUCCAGGAGGCGGCACGCAAAGCCAACGCCCAUGACUUCAUCAAGCAGCUGGAGAAAGGCUACGAUACGGAGGUGGGUGAGGGAGGCGGCCAGUUAUCCAAGAGCGAGAAGCAGCGGAUCGCCGUUGCUCGAGCUCUGGUCAGACGGCCGAGCGUCCUCAUCCUGGACGAAAUAACCAGCUCUCUGGACACUGAGAGUGAAAACAAGGUUCAGCAGGCCCUGGCCAGUUGUCCCAACCAGACCCUUCUGGUGAUCGCCCACAGGCUGAAGACCAUAGAGAGGGCGGAUCAGAUCGUUGUGAUCAGUGGUGGCAAAGUUGAGGAGCGAGGGACUCACCGGGAGCUGAUGGACAUGAAGGGGAGCUACUACAAACUGGUAGAGAAGCGCUUCACUGAGGGAAACUCGCCGCAGUGACAGACUGCUGUCGCUGUGCGCAUGAUGCAGCUCGACGUGUGUUGUGACAGAACUGCUUGUGUUGGACAGCAGGACCAACAGCAGCUGACCUGACGCAGGAAUUGAUGUAAAUAUUAAAAUUCAGACUGUUUUGUAUAAAUAGUGAAAAUUAAUUCUCAUUUUUUUUAGAAGUCCUCUGUAUUUAAAAAAAAGCACCUUCACAACUCUGUCAGUAGUAUUUAUAGUAUUAUUUUGUAUUAUUGAUUAAUCAAAUUAAAUGUAUGAGUGAAUUUGAAUGUAAAUUUUCCAUUUCGUGUUCUUGUGUUUGGUAAAUGUGAAUAAAAGUUUGACUUGACACCCUCA